AAUAACCCACAAUUUUCUUAUUAUAAUGAAGCCGACAUUUAAUUGACCUUUGCUAUUAUUCCCUGUGCGUAUAAACCCUAAAAUUUCAAAUUUCCCUUCUCGCGUUCUAGGGUUCUCUUUCUCUUCGCCAAGAUGGCGGAUUCUCCUCGUAAAAGGAAUUCUCAGUCUCCCUCCCCAUGGAGAGAACAGUCAAGGUCACGAUCCAGAUCUAGACCUAGGUCUAGGUCUAGGUCAAGAUCCCGCUCCUGGUCGAGGCCAAGGCAUAGGUCCAGGUCACAUAGUCGCGGCAGGUCAAGGUCAAGAAGUCGAGGCAGGGUUGACGCUGGAAAUCCUGGCAACACACUUUAUGUGACCGGUCUAUCUCAAAGGGUCACAGAGAGGGACCUUGAAGAGCAUUUCUCCAAGGAGGGGAAGGUGGCAUCGUGUUUCCUGGUUGUUGAACCUCGUACUCGCAUAUCUCGUGGUUUUGCUUUUGUUACUAUGGACAGCGUUGAGGAUGCGAGCCGCUGCAUCAAGUAUCUCAACCAAUCAAUUUUAGAAGGUCGAUUUAUAACCGUGGAGAGGUCGCGUAGGAAACGGCCUAGGACUCCAACACCAGGCCAUUACCUUGGACUAAAAAAUACCAGAGACUAUGGUCGUGGUGAACGUGGCAGGUAUCGUGGUGGUGGUCGUGAUGACUACGGGUAUCGUCGAUCUCCCAGGCGCUCACCAUAUCGAGGUCGUGAUUACUCUCCAAGGUAUUCUCCUCAUGGUGGAAGAUCAAGGAGGGAGCGCUCUUAUUCACCACCAUAUUCUCGCGGAUCUAGGUGAAGAAGUGUUUUGGGUCGAAGGGGAAAGAUGAGAGAUUUGCUUUAGUCUCGUCAGUGUUGAAUGUUGAUGUAUUCUCUAGUUUGGACGGAGCUUCAAAGUUAAUGUUUGCAGUGUUCUUAUAUCUCUUUAAGCAUGUAGGGGUACCUUGUAUGGUAACACUAUUAUUAAACUUCGGUUAGAUAUUAUUAGGCUUUAAGCUAUCACCUGAUUGCGAACCAUUUUUUGUUUUUGUAUGGAAAUUAUGAAUCUGAUUUCUGAA